AUGGCGGAAGCUGGAGUAUCAUCCACGCCAAGAAGAAAGAACACCAAGAAGCAAACGAAGUUGGUGGAAAAAAUGGAGGUUAUGGAUAAGGUAACGGCGCUCAUGCACCGCCGGGAGCACGAGAAUGGUAAAGUGGCCAAAAUUUUCCAUGCUUUGUAUCCUGAAGAUGGAUCGGAUGUCCAGUUAUCUCGAGGUAAGAUAAAAGCCUAUCAACUAUCGGUAAAAGAAGCAUAUGUUGAGUAUAAAUGCUUCCAAGAUAAGAUUCUCGAGCUCGUUCCCUCUGAUGAAGUUGAAAUCCAUUAUCAGAAUUUCAAAGCAUUCGAAGAACUGUACUUAGAAGUUUCGAUUGCCCUCGAGGAACAUUCUGAACAGAUCUCAUUAAAUCCCGUUGCCGCACCAUCUCCCUUGAGUAAUCCAUCAGCUCUAAUUAUCCACCAACCUCUUCGAAUGCCCAUUCCCACCUUUGAUGGUCGAUACGAAAGUUGGCCGAAAUUUAAAGCAGUUUUCAAAGACCUUGUCGAUAAGUCCCCUGAUUCCCCGGCAGUAAAGUUAUACCAUCUAGAGAAAUCCCUUAUUGGAAAGGCUGCCGGGUUGAUUGACGCUAAGACCAUUAACGAGGGAAACUAUGACCAUGCUUGGCAAAUUCUCGAGGAGCGUUUUGAAAAUAAGCGCCACACUAUUGACACUCAUAUUACCGGCCUAUUUAAUUUGAAACGCAUGGCGAAGGAGAAUCACGCUGAAUUAAGGGCUCUCCUCGACGAAUGCACGAGACAUGUAGAAUCACUCAAAUAUCUCGAGCAGGAGUUCACAGGUAUUUCGGAGUUAAUGUUAGUCCAUCUGUUGACAAAUGCGCUGGACAAAGACACUCGCCGUCGUUGGGAGGGAACAAUCAAGCACGGUGACCUCCCUUCAUAUCAUGACACGAUGAAGUUCCUAAAAGAGCAAUGCUUUGUUCUUGAAAGGUGUGAAGCAGCGAAUCAAAGCUACAAUCAACCGCAACCCAAACCAUCCGGUGGGAAACUCCUGUCCACGAGAACCAACACUGCAAUCAUCACGAAAGACGAAACCAUGAUCAAGUGUGAAAUCUGUUCUGAGAGUCAUGCCAACUACACCUGUCCUGAAUUCAGGGCUCUUUCCGUUCAAGAACGAUUGACCAUGGUAAAGGAAAGGCAAAUGUGUUUCAACUGCCUUAGAAGAAAUCACUUGAGCAUGAAUUGUCCAUCGGAGAAAACCUGCGGCAAGUGUCGCAAACGCCACCAUACUCCGCUCCAUGUCGGAGACGGUUCCAUAUUAGCUGCUGAAAAUUCCUCCUCAUUGGCCAACACCAUUCUCAGUAAGACUCCCGAAGCUGAAGAAGUGACAACAGCAGCAUGUUCCAAUAAGCAAACUGCAGCCCAUCAGGUUUUGUUGCUAACUGCGGUCGUAAAUGUGUUAGACAAAAACAACACCCUCCACCCUUGUCGAGUUUUAUUAGACAGUGGAUCCCAAGCAAACUUGAUAACAGAUUCCAUGGCAACAAGGCUGAAUUUAAAACGGGUCGCAUCGAAUGUGACAGUGGCUGGCGUCAAUGGCACGAAGACAAAUUCCUCUGGUGCUGCUGUUGUACAAAUCCGCUCAAAAUAUUCCUCCUUCGCCGCCAAUGUUUAUUGUCUUAUCACCCAACAAGUAACAUCAAACCUCCCAACGGUUGAUGUAGACAUCCGUUCCUUUUCGCUGCCUCCUGGGAUUGAGCUCGCCGACCCGAGUUUCCAUCGUUCGGACAAAGUUGAUAUGCUGCUUGGUAACCAGUGGUUCCUCAAAUUGCUAUUGCCGGGUGUGAUUUCACUGGCCGACAACCUCCCAACGUUCCGUGAAACCCAACUGGGUUGGGUAGUGGGUGGUGAAUGCGAUCCAGAUGGUAAGCCAGAACAACUAGUCUUAUCUAAUGCCGUGACCUUCGAAGAACUGAAUGAUUCCGUAAAAAAAUUUUGGGAAAUUGAAUCAGUUCCCGAAGAGCAAACGAUUUCCACCGAAGAAAGUGAAUGCGAAGAGCAUUUUUUAGCUACUCAUCAGCGUGACGAUUCUGGUCGGUAUAUUGUUCAGCUACCGUUGCGCAAUUCCAUCGACGAGCUUGGUGAUUCAAGAAAUUUGGCCCUUCGAAGAUUUUUCGCUUUGGAAAGACGCCUUGUCGACCAACCAGAAUUGAAGUCACAAUACGUCGAAUUCAUGCACGAGUACGAAGCACUUGGGCACUGUAAGGAGAUAUUUGAAUCAGCUGAUUUAAAAACAGAAAAAAUAUGGUACCUUCCUCACCAUGCAGUUCUCCGACCGUCGAACACCACUACUAAGUGCCGUGUGGUUUUUGAUGCUUCGGCCAAGGUGAAUGGUUUGUCAUUGAACGACGUCUUGAAAAUCGGUGCCAUUCCUCAGGAGGACCUCCAAUCGAUUGUUCUUCGUUUCCGUGAGCCUCGUUAUGUGUUAAGCGCCGAUAUUGCCAAAAUGUAUCGGCAAAUCCGAGUGAAUGAAUGUCACUCAUCCCUUCAGCGGAUUUUUUGGAGAAAUGAUCCGUCUCAACCUCUUCGUGUGCUGGAAUUAACCACUGUGACAUAUGGCACAGCUUCGGCCCCGUUUCUGGCGACUCGAGCCCUCCAGCAGCUUGCAAUCGAUGAGAAGGAAAAUUGUCCACUAGCUGCUGAGAUCGUCCAAAGGAGUUUUUACGUGGAUAAUGCACUAUUUGGAUUCGAUUACAUCGCCGAGGCUGCCGAGGCUCGCAUACAGUUGGAGAAAAUGUUGAUUUCCGGAGGCAUGCAGCUUCACAAGUGGGCCUCAAAUUGUCCGGAACUGUUAGUGAACAUACCUGAAGAAAAUAAGGAAAAGUUAGUGAAAAUUGAGAACUUUGGGCCAAAUGAAGUGAUAAAAACCCUUGGAUUGAUGUGGGAUCCAGUGAAUGAUGAUUUGCUGUUUGUUUCCUCGCCUACUUCCGAUAUAUCCGUUCCCACUAAGCGACAAGUGUUGUCUCUUAUCGCCCGAAUGUUCGACCCGCUGGGGCUAGCCGCUCCUGUGAUUCUUGUUGGCAAACUCCUGAUGCAACGAUUGUGGAAGGCAGAAAUUGAGUGGGAUGAAAAUUUAUCCAGUGAUUUGAUCGAUGAAUGGGAACGCUUCCGAGAAGCGAUCGGAAGUGUUGGUCUGCUGAAGAUUCCUCGCCAAGUUGUCGUUCCAAAUGCCAUCCGGUACGAACUGCACGGGUUUGCCGAUGCUUCUCAAAACGCAUACGGUGUUUGCGUUUAUAUCCGCUCUCUGGUUCCGGGACAGGGUGCAUCUCUCCGAUUGUUGACCGCCAAGUCCAAGCUGGUACCGAAAUCUGUCCUAACUAUCCCGAGGAAAGAGCUGCUUGCGGCACUUUUACUGCACAGAUUGGUGAAGAAAGUUCUUGCUGCUGUUUGUUUACCACUUGAAGAAAAACUGCUGUGGAGUGACAGCCAAAUCGUGCUCGCUUGGUUGCGAAAAAGUCCAGGCCAACUAGAUGUGUUCGUUAGAAAUCGGGUUGCUGAGAUUAUUGCGAGUGGGUCGGAUUUUAAGUGGAAUUAUGUUCGUACGUUUGAUAAUCCGGCUGAUGUUGUGUCGCGUGGGCAAUCAGCCAGUCAGCUGGCUACAAAUGAUUUGUGGUGGAAUGGACCUAUGUUCCUGCGAUGUGAACCGUACCUAUGUGAAGUGCCAAAUAUUCUACCGGAUAGUGAACUUCCCGAACUAAAGUGUAAUUUAACCGUUUGUCCGGCAAUACAACUCGAAGAACUACCAGUGUUUAGCAAAUUUGAAAAUUUUCGAAAGUUGCAACGUGUGAUCGCGUACGUUUGGCGGUAUAGUACGAACAUAAAGAAGAAGUCGGUGGAUGAUCGUGAGUUGAGAGAAUUUCCUACUGUUUCCGAAAUGCGAAUGGCAAUGAUGUUGAUUAUAAGGGCCAUACCGUCGCAGUGUUUUAUGGACGAAAUACAAGGAAUCAAAUGUGGGAAACCGUCCAAAAGAUUAGAGAAGUUGAGUCCCUUCCUAGAUGACUGUGGGUGUCUUAGGGUGGGAGGACGUCUUGAAAAUUCCAAUUUGCCAUACGCCACCAAGCAUCAAUUUAUCCUACCGAAUGAACAUCCUUUGGUGCAAUCUCUUAUUGCUUCUCUUCAUCGUGAGCAUUUACAUGCUGGGCCCUCGGCACUCAUGGCAAUUCUCCGAAGUCAGUUUUGGGUCCUGAGUGCGAGGUCGACUGUGCGCAAAAUUACAAGGAGCUGCGUGCAAUGUUUUAAGGUGAAUCCGAGACUGCUUGACCAGUACAUGGGUGACUUGCCGAGAAGCCGAACUGAAAGGUCACCAGCGUUCCUGAAAGUAGGUGUCGACUUUGCCGGUCCAAUCUUCCUAAAGCAGAAUCAAAGAAAGGCCUCUCCGGUGAAGGGUUACAUCUGCGUUUUUGUGUGCCUUGUUACCAAAUCACUACACCUGGAAGUCGUCGAGAAUCUAGCUACUGAAGCAUUUAUAGCAUGUUUGCAUCGAUUCGUUGGUCGUCGUGGUUUACCCGAAAUAAUAUUCAGCGACAAUGGCACCAACUUUGUUGGUGCUAAGCAUGAACUCCAUCAGCUGUACUCAAUGCUCAAGGAUCAACUCACCCAGCAAAAAAUUUCUGAAUUUUGUUUACCAAAGGAAAUUUCCUGGGAAAUGAUUCCUCCUAACGCUCCUCACAUGGGGGUCAUUUGGGAAGCAGGUGUAAAGAGCGUGAAGACUAUACUGAAGAAGGUGACGAAGGACGCCCGCUUGAACUUCGUUGAAUUUCAAACGCUACUCAUCCGAAUCGAAGCCCUGCUGAACUCUAGACCCCUCUACUCGAAUCCUGAAGACCCGGCUGAACCUGAUGCUCUAACACCAGGACACUUCAUAGCUGAUCGUCCCUUAUUGGCUAUUCCGGAACCAACCUGUGAUGGCAUCCCAGAAAACCGUCUAUCUCGUUGGCAAUAUGUGCAAGUACUCCGCAAUCAAUUUUGGAAGAGAUGGUCUCAAGAAUAUUUAACCGAGCUCCAAGGUCGUGCUAAGUGGACUAAAAAGACCCCAAAUAUUCGCCCGGGAAUGGUGGUCCUAGUGAAGGAUGAUAAUCUGCCACCUCAAUCAUGGAAACUUGGAGUAAUCGAACAAACCUUCCCUGGAAAGGACGGUUGUGUUAGAGUUGUGAAUCUUCGAACAAGGAAUGGUUCUAUUAAACGUCCUAUUCAUAAGCUGGCUCCUCUUCCCAUCCUGGACAACGGAGAAAUAUCCAAAGACAGUGGUGCCCCGGGGGGAGUAUGUUCAAGCCAAGCUUGA